AUGUCACAGCAGGACUACGAACGGCUGAAGAAGAAGCUGAAGGAUGCACUCAACCGCAAGAAGGACAUCGACCGGGAGGUUGCGAAGCUAGAAGAGGACAUAUUCAACAAGGAAACCGCAUAUCUAUCGGAAGGAGCGCAACACGGGAACAUCAUCAAGGGAUUUGAGAACUUCACGAAAACCACCACAUCGACGUCGUCCUCGCGAGGGAAGAAGAUACAAUUCACAGACGAAGACCGCAUAUUUUCUCUCAGUUCUGCUACCUACGUCCGCCACCUGAAAAAGAUCAACAGCGGCCAGAUGCAAGGAAGUCUAAACCCACUGCUGGCCCAGUACGACGAUGACGAUGACGAGAGCGAGGAGUCCACGCCUCGCAAGAGACGAACCUAA